GGGGCGUUAGUAGGUCACCGCGACAUCAUUUUGGCUCACCAGGAGCACAAAAGACUCAACACGCCGCAGGCCAGGAGGAAGCAGUGGGAAAUGGCGCGCUUUGGAGACGAGCUCCCCAACAGGUAUGGAGGAGGACAAGGAGGACAAGGAGGGGGUGGCGGACAAGGCGGAGGUGGCGCCGGCCGUGGGGGCAGCCGCCAAGGGGGGCCCCCCGGGGCGCAGCGGAUGUACAAGCAGUCCAUGGCUCAGAGGGCCCGCACCAUGGCCCUGUACAACCCCAUCCCAGUGAGGCAGAGCUGCUUGACUGUCAACCGAUCGCUUUUCCUCUUCAGCGAGGACAACCUGGUGAGGAAGUAUGCCAAAAAGAUCACAGAGUGGCCUCCGUUUGAAUGGAUGAUCCUUACCACAAUCAUUGCAAACUGCAUUGUGCUGGCACUGGAGCAGCACCUGCCUGACGACGACAAGACACCUCUGUCCGAGCGGCUGGAGGACACAGAACCCUACUUCAUUGCCAUCUUCUGCUUCGAGUCAGGUAUCAAGAUCCUGGCGCUGGGCUUUGCGCUGCAUAAGGGAUCGUAUUUGCGCAAUGGCUGGAAUGUCAUGGACUUCGUGGUCGUUCUCACUGGUCUUUUAUCAUCAGUGCGCUCUCAGAUCGACCUGAGGACGCUCCGAGCCGUCCGAGUGCUUCGACCUCUCAAACUGGUGUCAGGAAUUCCCAGCCUGCAGGUAGUGCUCAAGUCCAUCAUGAAAGCAAUGAUCCCGCUGCUGCAGAUCGGCCUGCUGCUUUUUGUGGCCAUCCUCAUGUUCGCCAUCAUCGGCCUAGAGUUCUACAUGGGAAAGUUCCACACCACCUGCUAUGAUGACAUUACGGGUGAGAUCGUGGACAAGGUUCCAUGUGGCCCUAAGUUGCCAUCGAGGAUGUGCCCCAAUGGCACUACAUGUCGGGAUGGCUGGAUCGGGCCCAACUACGGAAUCACACAGUUUGACAACAUUCUAUUCGCCGUACUCACAGUCUUCCAAUGCAUCACCAUGGAGGGCUGGACUGAAAUGCUCUACUAUAGUAAUGAUGUUGAGGGGAGCGCGUGGAACUGGAUGUACUACAUACCUCUCAUUAUCAUUGGCUCCUUCUUCAUGCUCAACCUGGUGCUGGGCGUCCUCUCAGGUGAGUUUGCCAAAGAGCGAGAACGAGUAGAAAACCGGAGCGAAUUCCUCAAGCUCCGGCGGCAGCAGCAGAUUGAACGUGAGCUUAAUGGCUACCUGGAGUGGAUCUGCAAAGCAGAGGAGGUUAUCCUGGCCGAAGAUGAAGGCACAGGAAAUUUUAAUGGUUCUCGGCGACGGCCGACCGCAAAGAGCAAGAACAACAAGGCAGAGCUGCUCAACACGGAAGAAGGCGAGGACAGCAUGGGAGAUGCUGUCGGGUUCGCCCGUUCCAGCAUCAAGAGUGGCAAGGAUGGUUCCAGCUACAGCAAGAAGGAAAGACGGCUACGCAUCUUCAUCCGCAAGAUCGUCAAGACGCAAGCCUUCUACUGGACCGUUCUAUGCCUUGUGGGCCUCAACACUAUCUGUGUGGCGGCUGUGCACUAUGACCAGCCGAAACUGCUUUCUGAUUUCCUGUUUUAUGCAGAGUUCAUUUUUCUGGGUUUGUUCAUGUCUGAGAUGCUGAUCAAGAUGUAUGGUCUUGGCAUUCAGCCCUACUUCCAUUCUUCCUUCAACUGCUUUGAUUGUGUGGUGAUCGUUGGCAGCAUCUUUGAGGUGAUUUGGGCCACCAUAAAGCCCGGAACAUCUUUCGGGAUCAGCGUUUUGCGAGCACUAAGACUUCUAAGAAUCUUCAAGGUCACCAAGUACUGGGCUCCUCUGCGCAACCUGGUGGUGUCUCUGCUCAACUCCAUGAAGUCCAUCGUCAGCUUGCUCUUCCUCCUCUUCCUCUUCAUCGUAGUAUUCGCCCUGCUGGGCAUGCAACUCUUUGGCGGACAGUUCAAUUUUGAGGAUGGAACGCCACCCACCAACUUUGACACUUUUGCGGCAGCUAUCAUGACGGUUUUUCAGAUCCUUACGGGAGAGGACUGGAACAUGGUCAUGUAUGACGGCAUCGAGUCUCAGGGUGGCGUCAACGACAAGGGAAUGGUCUUCUCCAUUUUCUUCAUCGUUCUCACCCUGUUUGGCAACUACACGCUACUUAACGUCUUCUUGGCAAUCGCCGUGGACAACCUUGCCAAUGCGCAGGAGCUCACUAAGGAUGAGGAGGAGCAAGAGGAGGCAGCCAAUCAGAAGACGGCGUUACAGAAGGCCAAGGAGGUGGCUGAGGUCAGCCCACUUUCAGCCGCCAACCUCUCCAUUGCUGCUAAGGAACAGCAGAGGAAUCAUGCCAAGGCAGGCGGCAAGUCAGUGUGGGAGCAGCGUACCAGCGAGAUCCGCCGGCAGAAUCUGAUGACCAGUCGAGAGGCACUCUACAAUGAGUUGGAGCAGGAUGACUGGAAGGUGGGAGGCGAGGGAGAGGAGGUGUCGUACCCGCGGAAAGGCCGCGGUGACAUAAUGACCCACUUGGACCGCCCCCUCGUGGUCAACCCACAGGACAACCGCAACAAUAAUACCAACAAGACGCCUCCUGGCCAGCUACCCCUUGACCAGGAGUACCGACGGCAGGACCUUGACCACAGUCACCGAUCUGCGCACCACCACCAUCAUCAUCACCACCAUCACCACCACCACCAUCACCACCGCCAGAGGGCCGAUGCAUCGGAACCGCUAGGCCAGGAACAAACAGUGACGGGGGAUGAUGUGGGCCCAGAGGCUGGAAACCAGGAAGGACAGCCGGCAGAGGAAAGGCACGGGCAUAGAAACCACAGGCACCGGCACAGGAACAGGGAGGACCGGGAGGCUUGUAGCGCGUCCCCUCGCCAUGCCACUACCACCGAGGGAAACAACGAGCACUGCAGGGCCAGGCAUCACCGCAAGGCCGCCAGGGAUGGCGAACCCAGUAGGAGACACAGGUCCAAGGGAGCCGAAGCGGAUGGCGACAAGGGCGACGAUGGGGAGGGUCGGAAGACCAGGCGGCAUCGUCAUGCCAACCAGGAGAGAAGCAGAGGACAUUGUUCCAGAAAUCAUGCUUACGUAGCUGCAUUCAUGAAAGAACACCAUAGCGCGGGGCCCAGCCUGUCCACUGCACGGCCCAUUCAACAACACAACGAGGACCUGGACAACUUGCGCAACAACAGCAAGUUGGCAAGUCAACCAUAUGACCUGCCGCCACCUGACGACCCAUACCAGGUCAACAACCUGCUGAACUGCUGCGACGCUGACACCCACACCCUCCUGCACAGCAUGGACAGCCUGAUCCUGAGCAGCAUGGCCAAACCUGACUACACCAGCAUAGACAUGCCGCCUGUCUACCCUUACCCCACAACCAAUGCCAUCCUGCAAGUAAACAAGAAUGCAAACACGGACCAGAAGAAGAACGAAGAGAAGAAAGGGGACAAUGACGAUGAGGGCGAUGAGGAUGGACCCAAGCCUAUGCCUCCCUACAGCUCUUGCUUCAUUUUGUCUACCACCAACCCCUUCAGAAAGUGCUGCCACUACAUCCUCACCCUCAAAUACUUCGAAUUCAGCAUCCUGUCCGUCAUUGCCAUGAGUAGUAUUGCGCUAGCAGCAGAAGAUCCCGUGUCUCCAGACUCUCCCCAAAAUAAUGUGCUGCGCUACUUUGACUAUGUGUUUACUGGUGUCUUCACUUUCGAAAUGCUCAUCAAGAUGGUGGUGCUGGGCCUGUUUCUCCACCAAGGCUCUUACUUCCGUGACCUGUGGAACAUUCUGGACUUUAUAGUGGUUACUGGUGCUCUGGUGGCCUUCGCCUUCACGCCGAGCAGCACUCGGGGAAGUAGUAAGGGCAAAGACAUCAGUACUAUUAAGUCCCUUCGAGUGCUACGCGUUCUGCGACCUCUCAAGACAAUCAAAAGACUCCCCAAGCUCAAGGCCGUUUUUGACUGCGUGGUGAACUCGCUGAAGAACGUUUUGAACAUUUUGAUCGUUUACAUGCUCUUCAUGUUCAUCUUUGCUGUGGUGGCCGUUCAGUUGUUCAAGGGUCGAUUCUUCUUUUGCACAGACGUGUCAAAAGAGUUUGAGCGCGACUGCAGAGGUGAAUUUUUGGUGUACGAGAAGGAUGAGGUUAGAGCUCAGAAGCGGGAGUGGAAAAAGUACAAUUUUCACUACGACAACGUGGCUUGGGCCCUGCUCACCCUCUUCACUGUCUCUACUGGAGAAGGGUGGCCACAGGUUUUAAAGGCCUCCGUGGACUCCACUUUUGAAAACCAGGGCCCGAGCCCAGGUUACCGAAUGGAGAUGUCUAUCUUUUAUGUGGUUUACUUUGUCGUCUUUCCGUUUUUCUUCGUCAACAUCUUUGUGGCGCUCAUCAUCAUCACCUUCCAGGAACAGGGGGAUAAGAUGAUGGAGGACUACAGUUUAGAAAAGAACGAGAGAGCAUGUAUCGAUUUCGCCAUCAAUGCCAAGCCCCUGACGCGCCACAUGCCCAAGAACAAGCUAAGCUUCCAGUAUCGCAUGUGGCAAUUUGUAGUGUCACCCCCCUUCGAAUACAGCAUCAUGGCUCUCAUCGCGCUCAACACCAUCGUCCUCAUGAUGAAGUUUGACGGCGCCUCGGCGACAUACGACGAUGUCCUGAAGAAUCUCAACAUCGUCUUCACUACUUUCUUCUUCAUGGAGUCCAUCCUGAAGAUCAUCGCUUUUGGCCCUUUGAAUUACUUCAGAGAUGCCUGGAACAUUUUUGACUUUGUCUCUGUGCUGGGCAGCAUCACUGACAUUUUGGUGACAGAAUUAGGGAACAAUUUCAUCAACUUGAGCUUUCUGCGCCUAUUCCGCGCCGCUCGCCUCAUCAAGCUACUACGUCAAGGCGAGACCAUUCGCAUCCUGCUGUGGACCUUCGUGCAGUCCUUCAAGGCUUUGCCGUAUGUGUGCUUGCUCAUUGCCAUGCUCUUCUUCAUCUACGCCAUCAUUGGCAUGCAGUUGUUUGGAAACUUGUCACUGGAGCAGGAGGGUGAAACUGCAAUCGACCACCACAACAACUUCAGAACCUUCGUCAUGGCUCUCAUGCUGCUUUUCAGGAGCGCCACUGGCGAAGCCUGGCAUGAAAUUAUGCUGUCAUGUCUGGGAGGAAAAGAGUGCGACCCGGCCUCAGGCAACACAGAGCCCGAAUGUGGCAGCACCUUCGCGUAUACCUAUUUUGUGUCCUUCAUCUUCCUGUGUUCCUUUCUGAUGCUCAAUCUGUUUGUGGCUGUCAUCAUGGACAACUUUGAGUACCUGACCAGGGACUCAUCCAUUCUGGGGCCGCACCACUUGGACGAGUACGUAAGGAUUUGGGCCGAGUACGACCCUGCUGCCUGCGGGCGCAUACAUUAUAAGGAUAUGUACAGUUUAUUGCGAGUUAUCUCCCCUCCCUUGGGCCUUGGCAAGAAAUGCCCGCAUAGGGUGGCCUGCAAGAGGCUGCUUCGUAUGGACCUGCCCGUGGCCGACGACAAUACGGUCCACUUCAACUCCACGCUAAUGGCGCUCAUCCGGACAGCCCUGGAUAUCAAGAUCGCCAAGGGCGGUGCAGACAAGCAGCAAAUGGAUGCCGAGCUACGUAAGGAGAUGAUGGCCAUUUGGCCUAACCUGUCGCAGAAGACAUUGGACUUGCUGGUCACGCCUCACAAGGCAGCCACAGACUUGACGGUGGGCAAAAUCUACGCUGCCAUGAUGAUCAUGGAAUACUACCGACAAAGCAAGAGCAAAAAGCUUCAAGACAUGAGGGAGGAACAGUGUUCUUCUGAAACUAACCGACCACCAUUAAUGUUUCAGCGAAUGGAAGCACCACCAGAAGGCGAUGGUACCGACGGUCUUGGGGGGCUGAACAGCCUCCCUGGCACGCAACCCGACAAUGUCAACAGCAUACCUUCUGAAGGCGGUGGCAUGACCGAGAGCCAGUCGUGGAUGACCACCAAGGCCCAGGAAAUGUUCCAAAAGACGGGUAACUGGAGCCCUGACAGACCAUACCCUGACGACCUCCACGACAACCGCCACAACCCGCAGACGGUAGAGAUGCGGGAGAUGGGGCGGGACGGGUACUCCGACACCGAGCCCUGUCACCCAAUGGAUGGGCACGGGCGCACCCUCUCCAUGCCCCGCCUCUCAGCAGACAACCAACGGAGAAGACACAGGCCUCGCGGAAAUAACCUGAGUACCAUCACAGACACUAGUCCAAUGCGGCGCUCUACCUCCAGCUUGGUCCACGGACGCUCGGGCCGUGGCGUCAGGCUAGACGAUUACUCCCUGGAGAGGGUGGUGGCUGAAGAUGGGCGGCACGGGGCCGGGGGUCGCCGGCACAGGGACCGAAGCCACAGGACCUCACAGCGAUCCCUCACAAGAUACACAGACGCAGACACGGGUGUUGUUUCCACUAUCAAACUAGGCCUGGGCACAGAUCUGAGUACCACCACACAGUCCGGCGACCUGCCUCCCAAGGAGCGCGAGCGGGACCGGGGCAGGACCAAAGACCGUCGUCACCACCACCACCAUCACCAUCACCAUGGCUCCAUGGACAAAGAUCGCUUUGACCGACACGAGUUAGCUCAUCGACACUCACAUGACAGACACUGGUCACGUUCACCCAGUGAAGGUCCAGACGGACGGGGCCACAGGCAGGGCAGUAGUUCAGUGAGCGGCAGUCCUGUCCCCUCGACUUCGGGGACCAGCACUCCACGAAGAGGCCGCCGCCAGCUGCCCCAGACCCCUGCCGUCCCUCGUCCUCAUGUCACCUACUCCCCAGCUGUCCGUAAGCCCACCUACGGCCCCCCGGGAUCAGGCCGCCUGCGCUCGCCCUCACCACGGCACUUCUCGCCGCCAGACCACGACAGGGGCUACCACCACCGGCCCCCGUCCCGUCAAGCCUCUCCGCACCAUGGGGGUUCCUCGUCAAGGCAUGGGUCGCCCCGUUCCCCCAGGCACCAGUCCCCCCGCUCACCCAUCCACGGUUCACCGCGGUCCCCACACCGAGGCCGCUGGAGUGGACCUCCACUGGGAGACAGUCUGGAAGGGGAUGGGCCCUUUUACGAGCGUGACUACGAGUAUGAGCGGCACCACGAGCCCCCUGCGUAUGAGCAAAGUCUUUCCCAUGGCAACCCCCACCCUCACACUGGUAACCCGCAUCCCCGCUCGCCAAGGACUGCCCGUCAUGGGCCCCCUCUGCCACCCCCACAUCCACGCCGGGUGCCCAAUGGCUACCGAUCAUCCUCACCUUCUCCACAUCGAAGGGGCCCUCCCGGGGCACCUCACCCGCACCACCGGCCCCCUCAUGCCCGCGGACCCCGUAAAGGCCUGCAUGAACCUUACAGUGAGACAGACGAGGAUGACUGGUGCUAG